GAUAAGGAGGCAAGCAAAAUUAAGCUGUUUGGCACAAUGGAGAGACUUAAUGUCAGCUCUAUAAACUCCCUUCACUUUGUAGACAAUACAAACAAAGAAGAUCCCGCUUUUCAAGAAAUAAGGGACGAAAUAGUUACAUUGGCACCGUCUCAAGAAAAUUGGAACAAACGGAUACCAGCUACGUGGGUUACCCUUGACAUAGAUUUACGAAUGCUGAAACAACAGAAACGCUACAUCAUCCGAUUUUCUGAGGUCAUGGAUAUUGAUAGAAGAAACGAAGUUUCCAUAGGCAAUUCAGAGGAAAUAAAAAACUGUUUGAGGUACAUGCAUCUUACAGGAAACAUUUUGUUUUUUGAAAAUGUACAAGACGCUAAAAAUCAACAGGAACCGUUCGUAGUCACACAUCCUCAAUGGAUAGUGGAUGCAUUUCGGUGCAUUAUCAGAGCAAUGCGAUUUAUAAAAUCUAAAAACGAAAAAACAAAGCUACAAAUCGUACAGAUUCAAAGAUCAGGCAUUCUGACUUUGGAAUUAUUGGAAAGUCUCUUGGGAAGCUAUCGCAAGCACCAGGAUAUUCUAAUAGAGAUAAUGCAGCGCUUGCAUCUGCUGGUCGCCAUAACACAGGAGACGGCGGACCGCAAAUGGAUAGUUCCAAGUCUGCUUCCCCCGAGAGAUGCUCUACUCUUCAAUGAAGUACUACGCCAUCCCAGUGCAGUAACAUCGAAAACCUUGUGCUUUGUGUUCAAAUCAAAACUACUACCUGCAAUUCAUGACAAACUUUUAGCAACAUGCCUUUCAUCACCUAAAAUAAAAAUUAAAAAGGACAGUGAAGGUAAAUCUCUCAUGCAAAGAGGAUCUGCCUGCUUUAUGCUAACCCGAGCGUGCGACCUUCUUGUGAGUUGCAAAGGAGCCGUUGUGAGCUGCACUCUUAUCAACAAGAACGGGGAGACAGAUUUCAAAGGGAAAUAUGGAUUGGUACGAUCAUUCUUCGUUGAUCGUUUGAAACAGGUUUUCACUCGGUUUCACCACGGAAACAUCGUAUAUGAACUGUGUUUACAUUGUAAACACGACAUCUGCAGCGACACCUGUCCAGUUCCGAUCUUGGACAUUAACACGGACGGGCCAGUGCGCUGUUGUGAGUACUUUUCUGAUGACCUACAUUUCCUUGACAAAUCAGACGCAGAAUCCUGGAUGGAAGAGAAAGAGAGCAAAGUGAAGUCAGGCGAGGAUAUCAUUCUCACUAAUGCUUUCCUCAAUUCACGACUAACUGAUAGGAUGUUGUCGUUAUUAAGCCGGAGCAGCAUUGGUACCAAGUAUGAACUUUUCUUCGCUUACCUUGGAUUACAGUCGGGCACCAUCGACUCCCACAAGAAUCCGAACACUGAUAUAACGAAUGUUAUCUUUAAUCUCUUUGUGACUUGGAAAAAUUGGAAAGGCGAAGGUGCUACUAUCAGGGAAAUUCUUGAAGGAAUGAAAAAGUAUGACCUCGAUUACACGGUUGCUGCGCAUGAAUUAGGUCAAGAAUACAAUUCUAAAGAAUAAACCGUUGUAAUCAAGAUGGGAAGAAGGUAUGUUAUAGAGGACUAUAUAAUCAACGUUUAUCUAACGUGAUUGAGUGCUUACAGACAGUGAUGGCCAACUUUCCCAAAUACACUUCUUUAUAAAGUGAAAAAGUGCAACCUGUCUGAAACGGAUGUCCCCUGAACAGAAAUAAUUGAUCAGAUAAAAUGUGGUCAGUUGAUCUGCUAAUACGAAAAUUAUGCUUAAAGUUGACACAUUAAAUUGUGUUUGAAUGACAUUUGACAACGCGCCACAAUUUUCAUGCGAACAAUAGCUAAGUUACAGUAUUAUAUGUGAUUUUAAUCCAACAUAUCCUGUAGACAUUUUGAUGUGAUGGUUGUCUAAUUUAGACAUAGGACAAAUGCAUUGUAACAUUUUAACCGCAUUUUUUAAUAUAUACAAUGGAUAUAAAUGAUAUCACAUUAAUGAAUACUUGGUUUUGUAAGAAGAUCAGUAUUUUUCCCUAUCUUUCCUUAUCGAAACAAAUUCAAGAAAUAUCACGCUUGCUAGUAUCAUUAUUAUUACUAUAAUUUGUUUUGGCUACAUAAUUCUUAUAAAGUAUGUUUAAUUUUGACAUUUUGUUCUGACAGCUUGUUCAAUGAAUCGAUAUCACGACAAAAAAUCCUCAACUUAUCUUUGUAGUUUGCUCCCAGUUGGAUUUGACGUUACACACAUAUUUAAAAUGCAGGAAAGAAUUAUUUCAAAAUCUAUUUUUUCUUGACCAAUUUUUCUGUACAAUAGGAAACCCUCGUAGGUGUAGUUGGUCCCUUUAUAGAUGAUGACUGUUCAGUUCUUUUUAUCGGGAUGCUAUAUUAAGAGGAUUGAUAUAUGAAAUUUUAUUGAAAGAUUUAUACGUGUGCUGUAUUAUUGUUAUAUUUAUAGACGUUUUAUUUAUACCUGUGCUCAGGUAUAGAUAUUUUUUUAUCAAAUCUCUUUACGUCUCGCGUCCGUCACUGGCCUGGACUCUAGAUUUUAUUUGACAUGCAUAUAUUUUAUUCUAUCAAUGUAGUGUAAAUAAAUGACAGAUGUUGCUUGUGAGAGUAUAGAAUAAAAGUUAAAGAGGAUAUGUUGGUCAGACUACACUUGGCUUAUAUACUAUGGUGUAUAAAUCCUCUAAUUCAGCUUGAAAUUUUCGCCUUAUCUGGUGGUCAUUUACCAGGUAUACAGAAUAUUUAUAGGAAUAUUUUAAUGUGAUAUUUUUAGAUAUGUUAUUCUUACAUAUCUGAUACUGAAGAAGAUGUUCUACUUUUAGAAAUGAUACAUGCUGCAUUAAUUGUGUUGCUUUCCUUUUAUUAGUAUUUGUAUUCAUAGAUUGAUUCACAUUGAGAAGAUUGUUCAAUGAUAGAGUUCCACUGUUUUACUGAAAUAUGUUCUGUGGUAUAUAUGACUAUAAGUAAAUCUAUAUAGAUAAGCUGAUUGUGUGAGUUUACACAAUUGUAUAUAUCUGCUCUCUUUAGUACUUUAAAUCGGAGAAAGUUCCGCACAACCGCAAGGAUACUUAACACGAACAUACUGCCUCCCAAAACACACAUACGCACUGAACACACGCAUGUGUAUCGCACGCACGGGAGGUUGUCCUUAAAUGACCAUAGCUGUUGAUAGGACGAUAAACAAAUACAGUGGAACUUCGUUAACUCGAACUCGGAAAACUCGAAUACCCUGCUUAACUCAAAGUACCUCGUCAGUCCCGACCGAAUUCUCUCUUUAUUUUAGUAAGGAAAACUCGAAAAACUCGGAUAAUACGAAGUGAAAAUGUUGUCCCAACAACAAAAAUCCUAUUUGAAAUUAUAUAAUAACUCGUGUCCAAUAACGAUCGAUGGUAAACGCCGAUAUUUUUAACAGCGAAAUUCCGUUUGUAAUACUGAAUAUAUCGGCAAUACAAACCUACUUGCUUUUAUAAGUGUUUCAUAAAUUCAUUAAAUAAAUUGUCGGUGGAAUCUUAUAACAACAACUCUUGGUGAUAAAAAGUACUGCUUUACUUAUAUAAGGU